GCGUCAAUCUGGUUUCUCGGUCUUGGUGCUGCAACACACAUAAUUCUAAUGGCAACUGGCCCCCGAGAACCAGGAUUGAAGACCCUUGGUCUAUACUACAUUUAUUUAUUUUUCUUGAUAUCCAACUUAAAGUCAAUUUAGUACGCUCUUUGUCCUCACAACUAUGAAAACGUCAUCAUACGACGAGGACAACUUCAUAUUCAGUGAGGUGCUCAUUGUGCUAAUCUACUGACAUGGAUUCCUUGUAUGUUCAGCGACUAUAUCGUUCUCAUCAAUAACGAGGGUGCACGUGAUGUUCAGCUCCUGCAAAGACCCAGCAUUCUGCAGUUUGGGAAGUUAGGAGACAGUCCCGUUAACCCUCGCGCCGUCACUUUCCUUGUUAUUGACUCCAAACUUAACUUGCAGCGCCAUGUGGGGGACAUUGAAGUGGAUCUUGUGAAGUGUGACAUUCGUAGAUUCAACACAGAUAGUGUCCAUCUGAAGUGGCCGGGCCAGAAGUCCAAUGAGUACAACUCUUGGUUUGCCAUCACUCUGACCCACAGCAAUGGCUUGUUCACCAUCUCUGGUAUCCUCAGACACCCAUCUGAGCCCCCUCCCUCGGGACAGCAGGAUGUCAGCAAUUGGCCUGCAAUUGAGGACACUCAGACCCUCAAUACUAAAGUUGCGAUGAUCAUGAAAACACAAACUCCAAUGAUGACAUCAGGCCUGGGGUUCCAAAAAAAGCUCCACUGCCAGUUUGCUAUCGAUCACAAGAGACCAAAUGUGAGCGUGCAGUGGUACCAGCAGUACCAUGGCGAACGACGCAAUCUCUUCAGUCAUGCUAGCCACUCCGGGCAAAGUGAGGGAAGGGGAGUUGAACUGAUUAAUCUAGCAGGUGGUGACCUUUCUUACACUCUUCCCUUCACUAAAGUCAAGCACGCGGGGACAUAUGUGUGCUCCGUGUCAGUAUUUCCGCUGUCUUCCACCCUUGAUAUAAGUCUACAAAUUCAAGAGUCUCCCCGUGUGUCCAUCAGUGUUGGUCCCAAGCUUACAUUGCAAGAUGGUGAGAUGGUGAAGGUGGUUUGUGAGGCAGAGAAUUACUACCCUCUGGACGUGCACAUCGCCUGGCACGUGCAAGACCCGGCAUCUUCGAGCCAGAGGGUCGGCGCUCCUCUCCCCAAGGAGCUUAACAAUAUCCUGCUCUCCAGUCACAAAAACAACAUGGACAAGACCUACUCGCUUUCGGCUUUCUUCUACCUCGAGGCUUCGCACAGACACUCAGGGCGUCAGUUUACGUGCACGGUCUCCCAUCAGUCUUUGCGAAUACCCAUUAAAAAAAGUUUCGUUUUGAUUGUUGAAGAACCUAGCAGCUGGUUGUUCACGCUGACUGUUUGCAGCAUUUUGGUCCUACUACUGUAUGUCCUGUAUGUUAUGCUAAGAUACCUCCACCAAGCUAGAAAAUACUCAUUGCAGUUUGUGUCUGUUCUGUGCAGAAAAAGCCAUAUUGAUUGUACCUCAUGACAGAGAGGAACACACAGCAGCUGGCAAAGCAGUCCCCAUGUUUUACCAAUGUACCAAUAAAAAAAUAAUUAGCAUUGUGAGGUUACAGAUACAAAAAAGAAAGACAGGCAAAACAAACACUUCUGAAGUGACUUUUUUUCUUACCACUAGAGAGAGCCGCCGUACUACCAGUGGUACCACACUAAGCCUGGUUUUGUUGAUCACUCCAAUGACGUCACACAAGAUACGCUGAAACACAAGAUUUGGUUAAAUCUGGCAUGAUGUCAUACAUGAUGAUGCUUCAAUUGUGAACUUUUUUUUUACAAUACUUUUGAGAUGUAGUUUGCCCUGGAAAUGUCUCUUUAACUUGAAGUUGUACAAUCUUUAUAGAAGAAAACAUAAUACAUAUGCUUUACAUGACACUAAGUACGGCUUUCACAAUGAAACAAACAUCUCAAUGAUGGAUGUCAAAAUUAAUUGACAACUUAAUGAUCAUUACAUUUAUCAACAUCUAUUUUGCUAAGAUUGUUUUGAGACUUUG